GUAUUCACUUCCGGCGUGUGUUCCGCUCCUCUUGCUCUCGAUUGUUAAUGGCGGGCGGUGGCUGCUGAGCGGGACGCAGAUAACCGCUGCCCGCCCCGCGGACGUCGCCCCGGGCCCCCGCUUUCUGCACGUCGCCAGUGUCGGAGCUGUUCAGCAUGUCUGUGGUGCCGCCUAAUCGCUCGCAGACGGGCUGGCCCCGGGGGGUCAACCAGUUCGGCAACAAGUACAUCCAGCAGACCAAGCCCCUCACCCUGGAGCGCACCAUUAACCUGUACCCGCUUACCAAUUAUACUUUUGGUACAAAGGAACCCCUCUAUGAGAAGGACAGCUCUGUUGCAGCCAGAUUUCAGCGCAUGAGGGAGGAAUUUGAUAAGAUUGGGAUGAGAAGGACUGUAGAAGGGGUUCUGAUUGUGCACGAGCACCGCCUGCCGCAUGUGCUACUUCUACAGCUGGGAACAACUUUCUUCAAAUUACCUGGUGGUGAACUUAACCCAGGAGAAGAUGAAGUUGAAGGACUAAAACGCUUAAUGACAGAGAUACUGGGUCGUCAAGAUGGAGUCCUGCAAGACUGGGUCAUAGAUGACUGCAUUGGGAACUGGUGGAGACCAAAUUUUGAACCUCCUCAGUAUCCGUAUAUUCCUGCACAUAUAACAAAGCCCAAGGAACAUAAGAAGUUGUUCCUGGUUCAGCUUCAAGAGAAAGCCUUGUUUGCAGUCCCUAAAAAUUACAAGCUGGUAGCUGCACCAUUGUUUGAACUGUAUGAUAAUGCACCAGGAUAUGGACCCAUCAUUUCUAGCCUUCCUCAGCUGUUGAGCAGGUUCAAUUUUAUAUACAACUGAAUUCCUGUACACAGAAGUAUAAGAAGCCGUCUCUGUGAGCACAGCUUACACAUGGAGAAUAACUGUAGAACAAGUUUUGGUUUUCUCUUGUUCCCGAAAUUGCCACCACCUUCCUGUUUGAAGAGUAAAACGAAUAUGAACUAGAUAGUGCUGUAAACAUGUGAGAGUGUUCAUUAGCUUUUGGUUCUACUCAUACUUUUUUUUUUUUUUGUACAUUAAAGAAAGUGAAUUUCUUAUUUGUAUUUUUUUUUAAGUUUCUCAUUAAACUCUGAAAAGUCUUACAGCUGAGGAUCCUUUCUUCCCUGCUUUAGACUGGGGAAUGUUAAAACAUGAUCAUGGUUUAGAUAACAUGAGAUUAUGGGCCCUUUGCUCCAGUAGUGUUAUGCAUAUGGUCCUAGACUGUUACAGGUGUUUGUAAUGAGGAUUUUUCAUUACUCUGGGGAACUAAAUUUAUCUGAUUAGGUCCAACAUGCAGUGUGUAACAAACUGCACUCUGUUAUAAAGAGUCUCCGGUAUAUUAUCUGACAAGUAUAUUUUAUAAAACUCUCUAGGCCUUACUUCACAAUUCAAGACAUUAAACAUUUGGGAAACCAUUAAGAAUAGGUAAGCUGAGCCGGGCGGUGGUGGUGCACGCCUUUAAUCCCAGCACUUGGGAGGCAGAGGCAGGUGGAUUUCUGAGUUCGGGGCCAGACUGGUCUACAGAGUGAGUUCCAGGACAGCCAGGGCUAUAUAUGGAGAAACCCUGUCCCAAAAAAACAAAAAAAACAAACAAACAAAAAAAUAGAUAAGCUGAAGACCAUUGAAAUUGGUAUAAAAAGAAGUCUAUCUAGAACUCAUUGCAGUAUUUUGCUUCAUAUAAUGGGAUAGUGAUUAUUUGCACUGCUGUGAAACUGCUUCUUACUGAAUGAGCCAUGACAAAAUUACAUGAGUUUUUAAACUCUCAGAUUAUAGAGUUAAAGUUGUGGGAAACUGAGGUGUUGUAUACAUAAUGAUAAAAAUGAUUUUAGUAAGUAGCAAAACUUUUCAAAAGUAUUUUAGAAUAGGCUGGGUAUGGUGGUACAAGCCUAUAAUCCCAGCACCUGGGUGCCUAAUACCGGAGGAUCAAGAUUCUCAGUAUAGCUGAGAUACUUAGCAAGUCCCUACCUCAAAAAUAAUAGAAACAAAGGAAUAGUCUGAAUCAACUGGGUUCUAGAGGUCAGGAGAGGUUUUUGUCAGCCUAAGGAAAACAGCAACUUUAAAUUCUAGUACACCGCCUUCAUGGUUAGGAUGAAAUUAUGGGAGUAAAGUUUCAGGACAAAGAUGGUCAAGAGUGGAGGCAUACAUCUUUGAUGCCUGCACUCCAGAGGUGAAGGCAAGCAGAUCUCUUUAGUUCUAGACCAGCUAUGGGGACAUAGUGGGACCCUGUCUCAACAAAGUUUUAAGACUGGAGAGUUGCUCUCUCAUAGGACUUGGACUUGGUUCUAAGCACACAGGUGGGUGGCUCACAGACAUCUAUAAUUCCAGUUUCAGAGGAUCUGACAUGACUGGCCUUGAGCACCAGGCAUGCAUGUGGUACAUGAAGGCAAAACACUCAUAAAAUAAUGGGCAAAGGACUUGGCUGAUUGUGUCAUUGUGGUCACCAUAGUUUCAUUAUUGCAGACUUAUUGGCUGUAGGCUUAAUGUAAUGAAGAAAAAGUUACAAGAGGUAGCCAGUUUAGCAUUUUUAAUAGGCAGAAAUAAGCUUGAUUAGUUCUCAUACUUUUAUGCUGUCUACCACAAGGUAUGUCUCCUGAAUAUUGGGCAAAAGCAAAUGUAAAUAUAUUCUUGCUAUUUAGUUUUGCUUAUUAGGUCAAGUUUGGCUACGGAAUUAAACUCAAGUUUAUUUAGAGUCAUCUGCAGUGUCUAACCAUGUCCGUGCUUGGUAAGCACUAGUCUUCAUAUCCAAGAAUGACAACUGUUGACCUCUGAAGAGCCGCUAGUUCCUUGAAUACUCCUCUCCUCCAAGGGCCAAGUUUUGCCCCAGUAGUUUAUGUAAGCAUAUUCCUAAUUUAGCAUGGGCUUAUUAAGAGUCCAGCUAAUCCUUCAGACUGGGGAGGGUAGACAUGAAACCAGGUCGACCACACUCAUCUUCUACUGUUGGGCACUGGAGAGAGAUGCUACAGCACCUGGUUUCAGGUGUUAGUGCUGAUGUUCUGGGAGAGUGGAGAGGGGUCAGCUUCCUACCCGAGAUUCACAGAGUGCUGUCAGUAAACAGUGCUUGAGUUGAAAAGUUAGUUCUAACCCACCUUUGCCCUUUGUAACUUAAGCUGACUCAAAUUCUUCCAACUGUAAGUGCUUGAGGCAGCAUUCAUAUUCUGAGACCUUUGAUUUAAGUUACCUGCUGUUCUAGCCAUGGGAUGUAAGGGGAUUGGUUUUAAACAGAACACUCCUACUGGUUAAUUACAGUUGGAUCCCAAUACUCUUGUUUCCUGAUGAACAGAGGUGAAUUAGAGAGGUACAAAUUUUAUAUGUGUUCAGGCCUUCAAAUAGAGCAUAGCUGUUAGGUUUCUUUGCUCUGUAACAUCACCCUUAAGAUGGAAGUCUUCGAGUGUCAUUCUAACCACGUAUAUUCUAAAUACUGGAGAGUAUUAAAAUACGCCCUUGAACUGACAUUUUUUUAAACUAAAUGUUUCUUACAAAUGAAAGGCCUCUUGAUUUUCUUACUAAUGCUAGUAGUACAUACUAGUAAAGGGAGAAAAUGAAAAUGUUUAUUCAAUUGUUUAAAGCCCUAGUUAGAACUAUUUACCCUUUUGGAGAAUUGAAAAAAAAAUCCCAAUUGAUGGAAGACAAUUGGGAUGUCAAUUUUUUUUUUUAAGAGUAGGCAACACUAAUCUGUGGAAGUGCAUGCAAGCUUUUAAUCCCAGCAUUUGGGAGGCAGAGACAGGUAGGUCUGAGUUAGAGGCCAGCCUACAGCCUGGUCUACGAAGCAAGGCUCAAGACAGUCACAGCUACACAUAGAAACCCUGUCUCGAGACCUCCCCCUCUGCCAAAAAUAUAGGCAACACUUAAAUGGCACAGGUUCUACACAUUAGUUUGUAUUUAAAAAACAUGUCUGGGUGUGAUGUCUUCAUGUGCAUCUGUGUACCAUGUGUCCAGUGUCCAUGGAGGGCAGAGGGUGUCAGAUCAUGGCUGUGGGUCCCAAGUGGGUGCUGGGAAUCUAAAUUCCUGUACUCUGAAGAGCAGCCAGCAGUCAGUGCUCUUAAUGGCUGAGCCAAGUCUCCAGCCCCUCCUGGUUCUUUAAGGUGGUCCAUAAAAUGUUAUUGGCCAGUAUCUCUCGAGGGUACCUUACAUGGUUACAUGGUUCUUGCAUGAUCUGUCCCAAGCUGUGGCUUUCAACCACUCAGCUCUUCUCUUGGUUUUGGUCUCUUAUCCAUUUAACUUGCUGUUCUGCAAUCCAAGCUGGCUACAAGUUUAUGACAGUGACUUAUUUUUGUGCCCUCAGCUCCCCAGACUUAAAAGCUUUUACUAAUUCUUAGUGUUUGGAACAGUAUAUAGGUUGCUGGCUGCUGUAGAGAAUGUUCAGUGUUCUGUUAAAGCUUAGCUUUUGUAGUUUAAGAUUAGAUUUUCCAACACAUUCCACUUGUUUUCUAUCACUUACUUGGGUUAAACUGGACUCACUUGAGUUUGCCUUUGUUUAAGUACAAGCUGUAAUUCAUCUGGAGCCAUUAAAUUCACCUUACUAUUAACUCAUAUAACACACAUGGCUAUUUUUCGGGGAACAAAAAGCAACUAAAUAUAUCAAGAUUAAGCCAAUUAAGUAUACUUUGUAUUUUAGUGAGGGAUUAAGGCUAGAGCUAAGUUGGAGGAAAUGCAGGAAUUAUACUGUUCCAUUGAGAGAGGAGCAAUGUGUUCAGAAAUGAAAGCUUUGUCUCGGGAUGCUGUUCAGUGGGAGUGCUUGCCUAGAAAGCCCUGGGUUCAAUCCAUGUGUCCUCCAAACAGAAAAGUUGGUAGUUAUGUUCAUGUAUAGAAUACAAGCACCAUUUACAGUUGUUAUAGGGAUGCAUAAGGAAGCUGGAGUUUUGGGUUAUGUUUUUUAUAUUUGUAAAGCAAAAGUUUGAUCAAAAUGAUCAUUGUUCUUUUUAAAAAUUUUAUUUCACUGUUAUUUCAAUAAAAGUAUUUAAAACUGAAUGAC